GGCCGGGGGCAGCGGCCGCGGGGCCCCGCGCUCCUUCCGGCGGCGCCAUCCGCGGGCUCCCGGUGACUGAGAGGGGUGGAGAGCGAUCGCGGGCCCAGGCCCCGCCUUCCCGGGGCGCCCCCGCCGCGGCGCUGCCCUCUGGGCCUGGGCCCCUUGGAUGAGGCGGUGAGGCGGGGCCCUGUCCCCUUCCCCUCCCGGUACCUGCCGCCCCGUUUCCCUCGUCCUUCCGCCUCCUCCGGGGCCUCCCGUAGCCGUGGGGCCGCGCUCCCCCAUGUAGGAGCGGCGGGGGGGUGUCCGCGGCAGGGAGGGCCGAGGCCGGUGUGAAUGGUGCGAGGGGCGGGCGUGUGAGGAAGUUUGGGGGUUUCGGAGGCUUCUUCCCCCUCCGCUCUCCGGAGCACAGUGGAGGAGGAGGAAUGCCAAACCCGGAGAGACAUGGGGGCAAGAAGGACGGGGGCGGCGGGGGGUCCUCGCAGCACGCACCCGGCAGCGGCAGUUCCAACAGCAAGGAGAGGCACCGGCCGGCCUCCCGGCACCGGCGGCACAAGUCCAGGCACUCCAGGGAGUCACCGCUGGCGGCCCAGGAGGCCACAGCAUCCUUGGGCUCGACGAUGAAGCCGCUGGUGGAAUACGAUGACAUCAGUUCGGAUUCGGAUACCUUCUCGGAUGAUGUGGCCCUCAAGCUGGAUAGGAGGGAGAAUGAGGAGAGGAAAACGGACAGGAGCGAGAGGGCCCAGAAGCACCGGCACCAUCAGCACAAGCGCGUCCGGGAGCUGAUGAAGAGCAAACAGUCAGAGAAAGAGAGGAAGUUGGAAAAGAGCCUGGAUUCAUCCAGUAGGUCUGGGUCCACCAAGGAGAGAAUAUCGGGAUCUUCCAAGAGACUCCUAGAGGGUGAGGAGCAUCCCAAGUCAUUGUCCUCAAAGAGCAGCAACAAGGAAUCCCGGUCAGCCAAAGCGCACAAGGAGAAAUCCAGGAAGGAUCGGGAGCUCAAAUCCAGCCACAAAGAGCGCAGUAAAAGCCAUCGGAAAAGGGAUGCUCCCAAAAGUUACAAAACCAUUGACAGUCCCAAGCGGAAAUCCAGAAGCCCUCACAGGAAAUGGUCUGACAGCCCCAAACUGGAUGACAGCCCUUCAGGAGCCUCCUACAUCCAGGAAUACGACCUCAGCCCUCCCCGCUCUCACACAUCCAGUAACUACGAUUCCUACAGGAAAAGCCCUGGUGGCUCCUCACGCCGCCAGUCCAUCAGCCCGCCCUACAAGGAGCCUGUGGCCUACCAGUCCAACACCCGCUCCCCCAGCCCCUAUUGCCGGCGGCAGAGGUCCAUCAGCCCCUAUAACAGGAGGCGUUCGUCCAGCUACGAGAGAGGCAGCGGCUCCUACAGCGGGAGGUCCCCCAGCCCCUACAGCCGCCGGCGCUCGAGCAGCCCCUUUGGCACCAAGCGCUCCGUGAGCCGGAGCCCCAUCACCAGGAAGUCUGUGAAGUCCCGAAGCCGAAGCCCUGCCUAUUCAAGGCACUCUUCAUCUCACAGCAAGAAGCAGAGGUCUGGGUCCCGCAGUCGCCAUUCCAGUAUCUCCCCCACGAGGCUCCCACUGAACUCCAGUCUCGGGGCAGAGCUCAGCAGGAAGAAGAAGGAGCGAGCGGCGGCGGCGGCGGCUGCAGCCAGGGUGGAUGGGAAGGAGGCGAAGGGCUCUCCCGUGUUCCUGGCGAGGAAGGAGAACAGCCUGGCUGAGCUGAGGGAGCCCACCACGGAGCCGAAAAAGGCCCUCAAAAGUGUUAAAUCUGACAAGUCGUCUUCAGACGCGGAGUCAGGGAAUUUACUGCACGCCAAUGCAGAGACUAAAACCGCUGCAGAGACAGCGAAAGCCAAGGCAGAGGAGAACUCGGAGAGGAAACAUCCUGUUCCAGUCAGAGAUUCCAAACAGACGGGAGCAAAAGACUCGAAGCCUGUAGCAGUGGUAGAGGACCUCCUAUCUCCAAAAGAGACAGACACAGCAGAGAAGGAGCUUCCACCCCCACUACCCUCAAUAAAAUCACCUCCUCCUCCUCUGCCCACAACCACACCACCACCUCCAACCCCGCCGCUGCCGCCUUUGCCUCCAUCACCUGCAGCUCCACCUUUGCCACCAUCCCAACUGCCUCCCGUUCAGGUCCCUACUUCAGCCCCAACACCUUUGCCAUCUUCUUCCCACCCAAGGACGUCUACUUUAUCCUCUCAGGUGAACUCUCAGCCCUCUGUCCAAGUCGCUACAAAAACACAAGUGUCUGUGACGGCUGCUAUCCCGCACCUGAAAACUUCAACGUUGCCUCCGCUUCCGCUCCCCCCUAUUUUAGUUGGGGAAGAUGACUUGGAUAGUCCAAAAGAGAUUCUUCCUCCAAAACCUGUGAAGAAAGAUAGAGAGCAGAGACCACGACACUUACUCACGGACCUCCCGCUCCCCCCAGAGCUUCCUGGAGGGGAUCCAUCUCCUCCUGACUCCCCGGAACCAAAGGCAGCCACACCACCUCAGCAACCCUUCAAAAAGAGACCAAAAAUCUGUUGUCCUCGGUAUGGGGAAAGGAGACAGACGGAAAGUGACUGGGGGAAGCGAUGCGUGGACAAGUUUGACAUCAUUGGGAUUAUUGGAGAAGGGACAUAUGGGCAGGUGUACAAAGCCAAGGACAAGGACACAGGGGAGCUGGUGGCUCUCAAGAAGGUGCGGCUGGACAACGAGAAGGAAGGUUUCCCCAUCACAGCCAUCCGCGAGAUCAAGAUCCUGCGGCAGCUCAUCCACCGCAGCGUGGUGAACAUGAAGGAGAUUGUCACGGACAAACAAGAUGCACUGGAUUUCAAGAAGGACAAAGGUGCCUUUUACCUUGUGUUUGAGUACAUGGACCAUGACCUAAUGGGGCUGCUAGAAUCUGGCUUGGUACAUUUCUCAGAGGACCAUAUCAAGUCUUUCAUGAAACAGUUAAUGGAGGGGCUGGAUUAUUGCCACAAGAAGAAUUUCCUUCAUCGAGAUAUCAAGUGCUCCAACAUCUUAUUGAACAACAGUGGGCAAAUCAAGCUUGCAGAUUUUGGACUCGCCCGACUCUACAGCUCAGAGGAGAGCCGUCCAUACACCAACAAAGUCAUUACGUUAUGGUAUCGACCUCCGGAGUUGCUGCUAGGUGAGGAGCGUUACACACCCGCCAUAGAUGUGUGGAGCUGUGGCUGUAUCCUCGGGGAACUGUUUACAAAGAAGCCUAUUUUUCAAGCCAAUCUGGAACUGGCUCAGCUUGAAUUAAUCAGCCGGCUCUGUGGGAGCCCCUGUCCAGCAGUGUGGCCAGAUGUCAUCAAGCUGCCCUACUUCAACACUAUGAAGCCCAAGAAGCAAUACCGGAGGCGCCUGCGUGAGGAGUUCUCCUUCAUUCCUUCGUCUGCUCUUGACCUGCUGGACCACAUGCUGACACUUGACCCUGGCAAGCGCUGCACAGCAGAACAGGCCCUGCAGAGCGACUUCCUUAAGGAUGUUGACCUCAGCAAGAUGGCUCCUCCAGACCUCCCGCACUGGCAGGACUGCCACGAGCUGUGGAGCAAGAAGCGGCGGCGGCAGCGGCAGAGCGGCAUCGCGGUGGAGGAGCCGCCGCUCUCCAAAGUUUCUCGGAAAGAAACUACCUCUGUUCCAAGCACAGACCCUGUCAAAAACAACAGCAGUCCUGUGCCCCCCCAGCCCGCCCAGCUCAAAGCAGAGCCUGGUGCUGCAGAUGCAGUAGCAGGCCUUGGAGAGAUCACCCAGCAGCUGAAUCAGAGCGAACUGGCUGUUUUACUGAACUUGCUGCAGAGCCAGACUGACCUGAGCGUCCCACAGAUGGCCCAGCUGUUGAACGUUCACUCAAACCCAGAGAUGCAGCAGCAGCUGGAAGCUCUCAACCAGUCCAUCAAUGCUCUGACAGAAGCCACCACGCAGCAGCAGGAGUCUCAGGCAGCAGCAGCAGAGGAAGCCAUAGAGGAGCCACCCGCAGAGGCGCAGCUACCGGAGGAGCAGGCGACUCCAGAAGCAGCCAGUGCUCAGGGAGACAUGCAGAACGUGCUGGCUGUUCUGCUGAGUCAGCUGAUGAAGAGCCAGGAGCCUGUUCUGACCCUGGAGGAGAGCAACGGGGAGAAGAGCAGUGAGCAACGGGGGCCGAGGAAAACCCCGACAGUGCAGCCGGAGGAGAGUACAGCGUGUCCUCCUCGCGUUGUCCCACCAGAGAAGAGACCCCCCGAGCCCCCCGGACCGCCGCCACCGCCGCCUCUCUCCGAAGACGACCUCUCCAGUGCAGCCCAGGAGCUGAACCCGGCCGUGACCGCUGCUCUCCUGCAGCUCUUUUCCCACCAAGAGACGGAGUCGCUCGGCCCCACACCGCAGGAGCAUCCCGCUUCCAGAGCCACCGACUACAGCAGAUCCCGGCCCACCAGGACUUACAGCAGCGAGAGCUCCGAGGGUGGCUUUGGAACCGAGGAGCUGAAUUCAAGCCAGACGCUCCUGGAACCUUCAGCCCAGGCUCUGGGGAAAAGCAGGACCUUCUUGGGCUCCGUGAGCCACCUCGGGGAGACGAGCAGCUACCAAGGCACUGGCUCUGUCCAGUUCCCAGGGGACCAGGACCUCCGCUUCGCCCGCGGCCCCGUCGCCGUGCACACGGUUGGCCAAUCCUUCCCUAAAUCCGAGGGGAGCAAUAACACACUGGUCCAUCCCGAGGCCAAAAUCCACAACUACAGCGAGCUGGGGCCGGCUGCUUCCAGCGGAGCAGGAACAGGUCACAGUUGGGGUGCCCCAACCCAAGCCACCUCUUCCUAUGGGAAGCCGUUCCGUGGGGCUGGCAGAGUGCCUCCGCGGGGAGGACGGGGCCGGGGGGUUCCCUAUUGAGCUGCCCUCGUCCUCCCCUCCUUCACCUCCACCUUUUUAGCCCCAUGACUUGAGUUUGUGGCCCAGAGCAAGGUCUCCUCUGCAUUUCAGCUGCUGCAACGCUCCCCGUUGUUAGUCCUUGCUAGGCUGCCACCGGGCACCCCGGGACUCGCUGGAGGGUCCCCACUUUGGGUGCCUUUGUGCUUGCUUAGUGACAGACCUGAACCCCCAAAGCGGGGGUGAGCUUCCUGCCCUCCAUGUUGGGGGGGGAUCCAUUGCAAAUAAGAGGAAUGAAACAAAACCCAAGCACAGGGAAAUAGGAAAUCACUCAAUCUCUCACUAGUGCUUCCCUGGGGGGGGGCAGCGCAGGGUUCAGGUAUAGGGCUAUGGGGAGAUGGGUUCCCAAAGUGAGGAUUUUGGUUUUUCUUCCCAAUUCCCUUUAAAA